AUGCGGCGGCAGCAGCAGCAGCAGCAGCAGCAGCAGCAGCAGCAGCAGCAGCAGCACCAGCGAGAAAUCCAGCACCGCGAUGAGGGCCGCCAUGUCGUCAGCGCGUGCUGCCACCUCGCUCGCCAAGCGCUGCAGUGGCUGCCCUCCCCGGCCGACGCGCGCGUGCGCGGCGCGAUGCUGCGGUGGCUGCGCGCCUUCCCGCUCGCCCUGAUGUGCCACGUGCGCGAGGAGCGGGGCCGCCUGCCGCACCUUUUGGAAAAGGUGUUGCUGCCGGAGGAGCGCGCGCUGGUGCUGCGCUCCCCGACGCCGCCCCAGACGGUCCUCAGCGUGCUGGGGUCGCUGCUGGCGGGCAGCCGCAUGACGAUCGACACCAAGACGCACGCGGAUGAGUCAGUGCGGCGGCUGCAGGGCUCCUUUGACGCCUGCGAGAAGAUCCUGCGCACUCCCCUGCCCCUCAGCUACUCCAGGCACACGUCGCGGUUUUUGGUGACCUGGCUGAUGGCGCUGCCUUUCUGCACCUGGCGUGAGCUCGGCUGGGCCACCCUCCCCGUCACCCUCGUCAUGGGCUUCUUUCUCCUGGGCAUAGAGGAGAUUGGCGUCCAGGUGGAGGAGCCCCUCUCAAUCCUGGCGCUGGAGCACUGGAGCCGCGUGGUGGAGGACCGGAUCGACCGAAUGGAGGAGGAGCACGCCGCCGUCCAGGCCGUUGCCAAGGAUGCACUGCGGCAGGAUGACCCCCCGUCUGCCGCCAGCGAGGGGUGCCCUCAGCCGGCGUUCGCUGCGUGA